UCUGUGUGAGAGUGAACAACUGUCCAAAUGGCUCAGCAGGGACUUCUGCUGGACCAGGACCAGUUCUGUUGUUCUGUCUGUCUGGAUCUACUGAAGGAGCCGGUCACUACUGCCUGUGGACACAAUUACUGUAGAAUCUGUAUUGAGGGAUGCUGGGAUCAGGAUGAUCUGAAAGGGGUCUAUAGCUGUCCUCAGUGCAGAGAGACCUUCACUCCAAGGCCUAAUCUGAGGAAAAAUAACAUGUUGGCUGAGCUGGUGGAGAAACUGAAGAAGACAGGACUCCAGGCUGCUCCCCUUCCUGCUCUGUGCUAUGAUGGACCUGGAGAUGUGGCGUGUGAUGUCUGCACUGGGACCAGAAAGCAGAAAGCCCUCAUGUCCUGUCUGGUGUGUCUGGCCUCUUACUGUGAGACUCACCUCCAAUCUCACUAUGAAUUUCCUGCUUUGAAGAAGCACAAGCUGGUCAAAGCCACCGCACAACUACAGGAUAAGAUCUGCUCUCAUCAUGACAAACUGCUGGAGGUUUACUGUCGUACCGAUCAGCAGUGUAUCUGUUAUCUGUGUACAAUGGAUGAACAUAAAGGCCAUGAUACGGUGUCAGCUGCAGCAGAGAGGACUGAGAAACAGAGGCAGCUGGGGAUGAGUCAGCAGAAGGUCCAGCAGAGAUUCCAGGAGAGAGAGAAGGAGCUGAAGGAGCUCCAACAGGCUGUGGAGUCUUUCAAGCGCUCUGCACAGGCAGCAGUGGAGGACAGUGAUCAGAUCUUUACUGAGCUGAUCCGCUCCAUUGAGAGAAGGAGCUCUGAGGUGAAGGAGCUGAUCAGAGCCCAAGAGAAGGCUCAAGUGAGUCAAGCUGAAGGACUCCUGGAGCAACUGAAGCAGGAGAUAGCUGAGCUGAGGAAGAGAAGCACUGAGCUGGAGCAGCUCUCACACACAGAGGAUCACAUCCAUUUCCUCCAGUACUUUGGAGAUGUGAGUAAGACUGUGUCUGAACUGAGAGAGAAACUAGAAGACUUCCUUAAAGGAGAAUGGACCAAGAUCUCCACUACAGUGAAUAUAGUGGAUGUUGUACUGCCUCCAGAGCCCAAGACCAGAGAACAGUUGUUACAAUAUUCCUGUCAGCUCACACUGGACCCAAACACAGUAAACACACGCCUCUCUCUGUCUGAAGGGAACAGAAAGGUGACCUUUACACGCCAAGUCCAACCAUAUCCUGACCAUCCAGACAGAUUCACCAACCAGUGGCAAGUUCUGUGUAGAGAGGGUCUGUCUGGACGCUGUUACUGGGAGGUGGAGUGGGCUGGGGAGUGGGUUAAUACAGCAGUCUCAUAUAAAGACAUCAGCAGAACAGAGGAAGGUAAUGAUGGUGCAUUUGGAUUCAAUAACAAGUCCUGGAGUUUACAGUGCUCUAGUGAUGGUUAUUGUUUCAGACACAAUAAUGUUGAGACUAAAGUAUCAGGCCCUCAGUCCUCCAGAGUAGGAGUGUACCUGGAUCACAAGGCAGGUACUCUGUCCUUCUACAGUGUCUCUGACACAAUGACCCUCCUCCACAGAGUCCAGACCACAUUCACUCAGACCCUCUAUCCUGGGUUUAGGCUCUAUGGUACUGCUGAGCUGGUUAAACUGUAGUAGGGUCCACAUAGAUACUAGUCAUGCUGGUGUAGUCUAUAGCUGAGCUGGUUAAACUGUAGUAGGGUCCACAUAGA